UAGGGAAGCAGAGAGUGUAAUGGCAAGGAUGAAACGUAAAGCAACUCUGUUAUUGUUCCUGUUUGUGAUCUUCUCAGUUCCCCUGGCGAUGGGAUAUAAUGAAGAAAAAGAAGAAGGAAGAGACGGAGACAGUAGAGGUAGGAGAAGGAGAGAACGGAGGGAAGAGAAAGAGGAUUUGUUCUUGUUGCGACAUUCGAAAGAGGUUGUAAGGACUGAAGCAGGGGAGAUGAGAGUUGUGAGAGACUUCACAGGGAAGGGCAAAGAAAACCCAGUUCACAUCGGCUUUAUCAACAUGGAACCAAAGACCCUUUUCCUUCCUCAGUAUAUUGAUUCCAAUUUGAUCUUCUUUGUUCGCAGAGGGGAGAUGAAGAUCGGAUUGAUCUACAAAGAUAGGCUGGUGGAGAGGCAAUUGAAGAUGGGUGAUGUCUAUAGAAUCCAGGCUGGUUAUGCAUUCUACUUGGUGAACACUGGUGAUGGCCAGAGGCUCCAGGUUAUUUGCAGCAUCGACAAAUUCGAAAGCAAUGGACAAAGCCGCUCUAAAUUCGAGAGCACUGAACAAGGUUUCUUUCAGUCGUUCUUCAUCGGAGGAGGAACGUAUCCCACAUCUGUGCUCACGGGGUUCGGCUCCAAGAUCCUCAGAGCUGCAUUCAAUAUUUCUUCGAGUGAAUUGGAAGAUAUCUUGCUGAGCCAGAAAGAAGGACCCAUCGUUUACGUACCAGACGCGCAUCAGCCAGGCAGGUGGUUAUCCUUCAUGAAAUUGAAGCAACAGGAGAAGUUGGGAGGGCUAAUGGGUAUGGAAGGAGUAGAAAAAGAAGAAGAAGAAGACGAAGAGCUGGCACAAGAGAUGGAAGAAGAACAAGAGGGGUCAUGGACAGGGACGUGGAAGAAUCUCUUGAAGUCCGUGACGGGGAAGCAGAAGAACAAGGAUAGGAAGAGCAAAGUGCGAUCACCUGACUCGUACAACCUUUAUGACAGGAAGCCCGACUUCCAGAACAGCUAUGGGUGGAGUCUUGCCAUUGACAAGCACGAUUACCCACCUCUCAAACGAUCCAACAUCGGCAUUUAUCUUGUCAACCUUACUGCUGGGCCGAUGAUGGCGCCGCAUAUGAACCCAAGAGCGACAGAGUACGGGAUCGUGUUGAGCGGAGAAGGGUCAUUGCAGGUGGUUUUCCCCGACGGAAGUUCGGCUAUGAACGCAAAGUUGCAGGAAGGGGACGUGUUCGUGGUUCCCAGGUACUUUCCAUUCUGUCAAAUAGCUUCUCGGAGCGGGCCAAUGGAGUUCUUCGGUUUCGCGACUUCGGCUCGGAAGAACCGCCCCCAGUUCCUGGUGGGUGCGAACUCCAUCCUCCAGGGAAUGAGGGGUCCCGAGCUAGCCGCCGCAUUCGAUAUAAGCGAAGAGAGGCUCGGCAAAUUGAUCGAUUCACAGCGUGAAUCCGUCAUUCUCCCUACCGUACCGGCUUUUCCACAGGAGAAGGAAGAGGAGAGGAAGAGAGAGGAGGAAGAGGAGGAGGAGAAGCCUGCCGUGCCGCGAAUGAGCCAUUAG